ACUCUUGCGCCGAGCCUCAGCCGCUCUUCAAGCCCAACCGCGAUCAAGUGCCUUGAGAGACCCUUGUCUCCCUCCUCUCAUCUCUCCAUCUCAAAGAAACUUUCGCAGGCAGGCCUGGAACUCUCCUUCUCUUAUUCUCACUCGCAGUCUAGGCCACAAGGGCCUAUAUCCAGCGGACCACGACGGGUAGCAUGAAAAAGGCCGUUUUUGCGCUGCUUCUUGCUUUUGUCUGCCUCGUAAUUUCCCAAGUGAAUGGAAGACCGAUUACGGAAGUCGAAAAGAUAAGGGUCAUUGAUACUUGCCAGAGGAAGAGCCGGUUCAAGCCAGGUGGAGUCGUACCCACUGCGAAGCGCAAGCGCAAGAACGGAUACGGCGUCGACUGGGUCUGGUGGACACAGGGUAGCACAUGCUAUAAGGAUCCCCAUCCUCUUCCCCGGCGUGAUCUCGCGUCUGUCGAGGGGCGUAGCACGGAAGGCGACGGGAUGGGAUUAGUGGCGAGGGAGACCGUGGUGAGUCUUGCUAUUGGCACAACAGAUUCGACUGCAGGCGCUAAGCCCUUCCCAAACGUGAACAGGAUCCUGGAGCGCAUCGAUUGGCUGACUGAUGAAUAGAUUAAGAGGGCUGUUGUAAUCUAACAUCAUGAGACAUC